AUGACUCCGCAGAGGUGUACUGUCUUGGCUUCGGGACGGAGGUAUAUCGGAAUAUUUUUUGACACGUGCUAUGCUUCUGAUACGCUUGAAGCAACUUCAUUCACAGGGCUUGCUGCAUGCUCGAUUCCUUGUCCUGGGGAUAGUACCCAGUUGUGUGGUGGGAACGUAUUUCUUAACACCUCUAGAAACCGCCGUCGACAUAAGGAUCUGCGGCAACUUUUGGGGCGAGCUGCUCCGUCGAACGUUCUACUUAUAAUCUAUGAGUUCACGCUUGCCCUUCCAAUCACCAGUACUACGGCAUCAGGCGCAACAACGUUUGGAACUUUAGCUACCGCUCUCGAGCCUGAGACCAGUAUUCCAGGGCUUGGAACAACUGUUGCCGGGCCCUUAGCAACCUCCCAAAUGAGCCUAGGAGGUGUGGGAGCGGCAGGUACAGGAGUAGCUGGACAAGUGAGUCCCGCCGUUGGGCCUGGAAAUACUGUUGCCAGCCCAGGAACGAUUAAUCCGACAAAUCUCGGCCCCUUUGUCAUCACCUCCGUGGUGACAACAGUGUCAUACACAACCAUCGACCCGGAAAAUCCCACAGCUCUCAUUCCAACUGAGUAUUGUACGACACUAUACUACGAAGACUGCGGAUGCCCGACCCAAACUGUUCCAAAGGUCAGCAUGGCCACUCUCAGCGUCAACUGCAGCGCAUGCGGAUACAAUGGGGCGAAUCAUAUCCUUCUGACUGUUCCUGGAGGAUCAGAUGAUAUCUACUCAACUAAGACCAAUCUUUUGGGUAAUAGUGGAGUUCCAGGACGAGAGGGCGUCACCCCGAGCUCUGAUCCCGAUAUCAAGCAGUUAGGAGCUUUCCCUGAUAUUCCAAGCCACGCCUCCACCAACGUCAACAAUGAUCUAGCUGGAUCUGGAACAAAAAUACAGGGUUCUGCAACCGUGCUUCGUGCUCCGGGCUUGAUUGUUCCUGUGAGCGGAAUACAAACUGGAAACGGGCAAGUGGCACAGACGAUCGCGUCUGCUGGCGGUUCUUCCAAUGGCGAACUAUUAACCAUGAUACCAAGCAAUUUUGCAACUGCUGGGACAAACGGCAGGUCUGCCAGCUUCGGAGUGGCUCGCUUUGUUUUCGUAAGCUUUUGUGCUGUAAUGAUUGUCCAUCUUAUUACCUUUUGA